AUGCUAAGAAGAAGUGAACGCUUGAUAGAAAAUGGUUACUAUGACAUGUACGGGCAGCCAACUAUCUCAUACAGAGAAACGCCAAUCAGAAGGAGGCGCCAAAGACGUCCCCCUGUAAACCGCCCUGCAAAUUGGGAGGAACCAUUUAGAGAGAGGUUUCACAGUCGUGAGGAGCAAGAUAUAACGGACCAAGAAAACCAGAUGAUAGACAGUCUAAUACAAGAUUGUUAUAAUGUCUUUCACUUUGUCUUUGGCCUCUCCGUUGCUUUUGCUUGUAUUAUUUAUUUAUUUAUUUGGAUUAUUUCCCUGCACUCGCGACAUUCAGAGUUAUCUGUCAAACCAACUCUAACAGAUGUGGUUACAAUCUCUGGAAGUAAGUAUCAGGGACCUCUCUCCAGGCUGCAGUUGUUGGAGACAAAGCUUGAGCACCUUCUACCACAAGCAGAUCUAUGGCCCAACUUUGCUCUGGAGUCUGAAGGAGCAAUGAUUUUACACAAGACGACCUCAGAAACGUAUCAGAGUCAUAAAGUGUGUAGAUUGCUUGGGGCAUCUUUAAGGGUACCACCUAGAGGCCCAAACAUUGUUAUUAAGGGAAGAAAUCGUCUGAAUCCAGGUGAAUGCUGGGCCUUUGCAGAUUUCCCGGGACGUUUAUCCAUCGCACUGACCCACAAAGCCACCGUCACUCAUGUGUCCCUGGGUCAUAUUCCCAAGAUUGUUUCCCCAACUUCCUCAAUCUCUAGUGCUCCUAAAGAAUUUUCUGUCUAUGGAAAGAAGAAUUUAGAAGAUGAGGAAACUUAUUUGGGAACUUUCCUAUAUGAUGAAGCUGGAGACCGAAUACAGACCUUCAAACUUCCCGCAGAUAAAGUUGGUUCAUUCAGCUUCAUAAAAUUACAAGUUAACACCAACUGGGGGAAUCCGGAUUAUACAUGCCUGUAUAACUUUAGAGUGCAUGGGGAACCGGCUGUUUGA